UUCAAAACGUGUAGGAAGAAGGAUUUUGGCGCAGACCAUCAUUUGGAAUGUGGUCAUUUAUUUGUUUUAUUUCAUUAUUUGUGAUCAGUGUCCAUUCUGAUUGUAAAUUGCCGACUGAUGAACACGUAAAACACUUGGACAUAAGAAUUCCAGAACAACCGGUUCCAAAGAAAUUAACGCAUUAUGUUUGUCAACAAUUUAAGGUACCAGACGAUCAAGAUUACAAUGCAAUCGCCUUCGAAGGACUGAUAGGUAACCCUGGUGUUGUUCAUCAUAUACUCGUGUUUGGUUGCGACUUUGACGUCAAUAUAAUUGAACCACAUGAAUGUGGAGCGUAUGAUGGUAGAUGCAGGAGCUGGUUGGCUCAGUGGACAAUAGGGGUCGAUGGGAAGACUUGUACUUAUGCUGAUACUGGUAUCCGGUUUGGGAAGAACUCUUACAAGUACAUGUCUAUACAAAUUCACUGGAACAAUUACAACUUGGAUUCAAAUCUGACAGAUAAUUCUGGUAUAAGACUUUAUUAUACAAACAAGCUUAGGAAACAUGAAGUUGGAAAUGUGCAGAUAGGACAGAACGAUCUUGAACUCCCUGCUGGAAGUCACCAUUUUCUGCAAAACGGAAGUUGUAGUGAGACCUGUACACAGCGCAUGCUUCCUCAUCCAAUCUAUCUGACAAAAACUUAUAUCCAUAUGCACAACUUAGGAGUUGAAGGCAAGUUUGAAAUAUAUCGUAAUGGACGACUGAUCCGAGAAAUAGCUCAUGAUACUGUAUACAACUAUCACAAGUCUCCAUUGCACUUCCAUGAUCCGCCAGUUGAAGUACGACCAGGUGAUGAAGUGAAACUAUCCUGUUGGUUUACUUCCGGGGAUAAGAAUCAUACGAUAUAUUGGGGAGAAGGAUCAGAUGCAGAAAUGUGUUACGCAUUUGUUUCAUACUACCCAAACGUUAAAGGAUUUGACCAAUGUAUACAGUUUGACGAAUAUGAUGUUAACUGUCAUAUGGACGGAGAGCUGUAUAUGGGAGGAUGUACCAUGGAAAUGUUUGAAGCAGACCUACAGACAGACCUGAUACAGGAUAUACAAAAGAAAUGUAAAGCAGACAACACGUGCGUCACUUCCUGUUCAGCCGCACUACAGACUCUAACCGAACACCCCUGCUUUAACGGACGAUUUAAAGAUUACUCGGUUAGGUUAUUUCCCCCUAAAAUCCCCGGAUGGAAUGAAGUUAUGGACUUGGUAGACAGACACUCUAAAUCAUGCUCACAAUAA